AUGAGGGCUAUUUCGAUCUGUCUUCUGCUCCUGUAUUACCAACAAGUCCUUUCUGCUCCUGCUGGGCCGAUCGGUACAUUCCUCCAAACGAACGCCAUCGGGUUUCCCGUCAUCCACGAUGCUCAGACGUGGAUAUUUGACCCAGACGUUGCUCAACGAAGAAGAAAACAAUUUAUUGAAUUGAAUGGGGAUAAAGGCGAAAAGUUAAUAGAGCGGUUUGGUCUGGGAAUUGAUGGCUAUGAAGAUGAGAGGUUGAGGCAACAAAGGAUUCGUGACGAGGGUCAUUUGGGAGGUUUGAACGCUUUGCAGCCCUAA